GCUGCAGAGGACUCCGAUCAAGCUGCAGUGCUUCGCCGUGGAUUCCCCAUCUGCAAAGGAGCCAGUUGGCUACGUGGUCCUUGAUCUUAGGUCCGUUCAAGAAAAGCCGACGGUCUCCUCCCUUCACCAACUUGUACUGACAGGCAUGGUGAAGUAUGGUCAACAAACCCCAUGACUGACAUGGAGUGGGGAGGCUUUCAUCCAACAGUGGAUUGACAAGCGACUGUAAAUUAUUAUUUUUACAGAAUUAUUGUUUUGCAUGAGAAGAAUAAUGUCCAGGUUUUAAUCUGUGGCAAGUAAAAAAGCUACUAUAAACUGUUUAUAAAUUACUGAAAGAAUUGUAAAAGUAAUUGACAGACCUCAUGCGCAACAUUUAUGUAAAUACUUUAGGCAAUAUAGGAUCUCAGAAAUCUGGAGUGAAUUGAAGUUUGUGCCAGUGCAACAAUCAAAGCUACAUUUGCCUGUGACCUAAUUACCCUGCAAUGCACCUGAUCUUGUUAGAUUUCAAAAGCGAAACAGGGUUCAGCCUGGUUAGUACUUGGAUUUGGAGACUAGCUGGAAAAAUCAAGAGUUGCAGGCUGAAGCUGUGAAGUGUGCAAUAUAUGCAGGUACAGCAGUUAAUUAUUGAGUCUUUCUGUUGAACUUUGAGCGUUACCAUCUCAUAUGCGUUGGGGUUUCCUCCAGAUAUUCUACUUUCCUCCCAUGUGCCAAUAUUCACAAAUGAUAUUGGACAAACAUCACAUUGCAGGACCUUCCUGAAAGAGUCUUGACAGUUCUUGGAUAAAUGAAGGGUAUUACCAUUACAUUAACAUUUUUGAAUGACUAUAGUAUAAUUUACAAUUGUUCAAGGUGUUUUUUUACAUAACUUUUUUAGCACAAUCUGUUCCAGAAAAUCUGCUCCUAUUAAUUGAAGUUUUUUGCCAUUUUUUUCAUAGGUACGGGCUACCAAUUUAUCUUUUCAUGCCAAAGCCAAGAACAGAAUACUGUGCAUUGUCCAUUCUGUUUUUACAGAGACUCUUUAUUAGUCUGACAACUGGUGCCACUGUGUAUGAUUUAUUUUUUUAUUUAGAGGAAAUAAUUUACUUGUAAAGCAUUUCCGUUUAAUAUAGAGGCAAGCAAGUGAAUUGCUGUAAACAAUUUUAAUCACUACCAUUAUCAUCAUCAACCAUAGUUAAUCCACUGUCAGAUGAAGGCCUCUCGAAGCUGCCAUUGUUUUUCAUGAUGCAGCAAUGUAAAAAUUCACCUUUCCAUCUCCUCAGUGGGUGUACUUUCAUACACAUUCCAUUCCUACCACAUCUUUCACUAUUGACCAUUGCUAUUGUCCCCUCUAGCCAUGAUGUGUCUUGUCCAAACCCACUUAUUCUUAUUAGCAGUUUGAAUUGUCUUUAACCUGCACCAAGUUCUCUAAUCAAUGCAUCCCUCCUCCCGUCUCUCACUGUAUUUCCCAGCAUGCAUCUCUUCAUGUAUUUUGUGCACUUUUCAAUUUACCUUCCAUUGCUUUUUUCUAAAUGAUCACGUUUCUUGGAAACGCAUGUCAUAGUGGGUAGAAUGUGCUGCCAGUUAUAUUUAUUUAAAUAUUUUUAGCCACCCAAGUGGUACCCACUGUUGAGCAGCAAGUAUGCCAAGACACGUCCAGAGCUCCGGAUUGGGGUGCUGCUGGAAAACGACUCAAAAGCACAGCCAGACGCAUUCCGGGCCAGAGACGCUCCACCGAGAGACGCUCUUAAAUCGCCUCUUUCUAUAACUAAGCUAAUGCUUCUUUCUGCACGCAUUCCAAACGCCAAGGCUCUGACGGCCGUGCUGGAUGAGGAGGAAGGCUUCUACUGGAUAGGUCCAUCCCGCCAGGCCACUGAUAUCUACGUGGUGUCAGUCACCAUUGCAUUUGCAGCUCAUUUAGAACAGCUGGUGCCGAGCAGCAUGCGGCUCCCGGAGGGAAAGCCUGAGUUCUACUUCUACUACACCCUACUGGGCAACAGUGUCGCCAACGACCCCUUCACUGACCUCCUGAACCCCAACUUCUCGCCGGAGCGAGCCUCCCUUAAAAUCCGGAGCACGGUUGAUGUUUUGCAGCGCUACUUCUCCUUGCAGCCUCCAAUACAGAUUCACCUCUGUUGUGGGGAGCAAUCCCUAGGCAGCACGGAGGUGUCACUGGAAGGAUUAGCACGCAGAGAGGUGGACAUGAGACCUGUGACGGUGGAGGGGGUAUUCGCCCUGGUCCCUCCCAACAAAACUAAGCAGAAGAUGCCGCCACUCGCUUCCGACGAGGCUCCUUCCGUCGGCGUUUCAGUGACACUCCGGCGAGAGGGUGCUCCUUCUCGGGAGGCGAGUCCAGAUAAUGCAACAUCUAAAAAACGGCUUCCAAGCAAAGAGCCCACAAAGCCAGCCUCCCAUCUGGAAGUGAGCAAGCAAGCAUCUAUAGGGGUGCCGCCCUCCCCACCCACCAAACAAUCAGCCUCAAGCCAGCUCAAAGCACAUGGCUCAUCCCCUCCGCCAAGUUCUUUCAACUCUCCUGAGUGUUCAGGCCAUGGAGGCCAAGCCUCCAGGCCACAGCAGCCCCGGUCUGACCAUGCUACCAAUGGGAAGCCCUCAGGCCAGCCGAGCCAGGCCUCGGGGCCUCCGGUGAGGCCGGCGGGCCUCGCUGACAGUCGUGGGAACAGCACAGGAAACGAGGGCGAGAGCCUGGAGGAUGAUGGGAAAGGAAGAGGUCGCACUUCAGGAGCAGGGUCCAAGGAAGCUGCUCCGGUGUCCAGCGCCGCGACUGGCAGCGAGUCGGGCCUGACGUCCGGCUCACGCGUGGCCAUCCCUGCCACUGCCCACCACAUGUGCUUCUCUCUGGACUUGCGCAGCAUCCGAGACCUGGCGCUGGACUCUGCUAUCAGCUGCUUACUGCGGUACUCGUACCCGUUCUUUGGCAGCGCUGCCCCCAUCAUGACGAAUCCUCCGGUGGAAGUUCGGAAGCACAUGGAAGUGUUCCUGCCACAGUCCUACUGCAUGUUUGAGUUUGCCACCCUACCCCAACAGCUGGAGGACACAUUCUACAGGGUGCCGCUGGUGGUGGAGUUGUGGCACCGCGACCGGCUCGCCAAGGACAGCCUUCUGGGCGUGGCGCGCCUCCCGUUGUCCCACGUGCUCACGACGGAACGCGCACGAUUCCUGGCGCCCGACGGCGGCCAGUGCUGGAGGCAGGCGUACGGCGACCGCGCGCCCGUGCUCGCCACGCACGGCUCGAGUGAAAAAAUAGCCGAGUUAAAUUACACGAUGACUCUUGAAGACCGCGGAACUGUGAAGACCCAGCAGGUCUUAAUCUCGGAGCACUCGCAGGAGGAGCGGAUUCCUCUCAGGGAGGCUCCACGUACCCGGCCCGAGCCGACCCCCGCCGUGGCGGUGGUCAAGGAGCCCAGGCAGAGCCAGGAGUACCAGGCGGCCCUCGAGCUGGAGAUGUGGAAGGAGAUGCAGGAGGACUUAUUUGAAAACCAGCUGAAACAAAAGGAGCUCGUGCACAUGCAGGCCUUGGCGGAGGAGUGGAAGAGAAGAGACAAAGAGAGGGAAGCCUUGGUCAAGAAGAAAGUUUCAGAGUAUUCCAUUCUUGAAGAAAAACUGCGGACGACGCUGUGCGACCUCGAGAGGCGGGAGAAAGAGCUCGUUGCAGGGGAACACGAGCUCCGGCAGCUGCAGCGGGAGCUGGAGGGGGAGCGGCAGCGUGCGCAGUUGGAGGCGGCGGACCGCGUGCGCCGUGCGAACGAGGACUGCAGUCACCAGCUCGAGCUGGAGCGGCUCAAGUUGGCGCAGAUGGAGGAGGCGCGCGGCCACUCACUCACGCAGCUGCGAGAGGCCGAGCAAAGGCACAAGGCGCUGGAGCGAGAGUUCCAGCAGUACCGUGAGCAGCAAAACGUCAAGCCAGAAGUUCGUCUUCAGUCCGAGAUCAACCUGCUCAACCUGGAGAAGGUUGAGCUGGAACGUAAGCUGGAUUCAGCCCUCAAGUCCAAGCUUCAUUACAAACAGCAGUGGGGUCGUGCGCUGAAGGAACUGGCCAGGAUUAAGCAGAGGGAGCAGGAGAAUGCUCUGGCGAGGCUACACAAGCAGCAGACGGAGCUGGAGCACAUGAGACUGCGGUACCUGGCAGCCGAGGAGAAGGAGGUAGUGAGGGCCGACCGCCAAGAGCUGGAAGGCAUCAAGAAUGACCUCAACAGACUGAAACUUCAGGAGCAGCAGAAGGAGCCUGGACCGAAGCCGGCCCAGCUGCCGCUGGAGACCGCUGCCGCCGGUGCUGCCCCGCGUGCAGCCCCCGGGCACGGGGGCGGCGCCGGCGCCGCCGAGGAGAGCCACGACGCGCACCUCACGCGCCUCAUUGAGGAGAGGGACACGCUGCUCCGCACGGGCGUCUACACGCACGACGACCGCAUUGUCGUGGAGCUCGACCGCCAGAUCCGAGAUGCCAUCUCGCGGCACGAUGGCAGCGUCGGCCACGCGGGCCCCACGGGCCACAUCGGUCACACUUGAGGCGGCAGCGAUGGCAGCAGCAGCAGCGUCUUUCUCGCUGUGGAGAGGGGGAGCAAGCCGUGUAAUAAGUGGGAUUGGCUGUGGAUUCCCGCGGCAGACUUACCCCCGGGAUGAGCCAGGAGUGGGCUGGUUACCACGCGGCUUUUCUUCUUUGCUGCACUCUUUUUCACUUGUCACCUGACCUGGCCGCGGAAUCAGUCGUGACGUUGCGGAAUCGACACGGAAGAAAGUCUCUCACAUCGGACAACUUCAGGGUUUUUGUUUUUUGUGUUUAAAAAAAAAAACCAGUUAAAAUUACAAACAUAAUAGAUCUUAGACUGGGAUCGCGUAACCUAACCCAAGCGUGCGUUAAGCCUUGUUAAUUUUUUUUAAUUUUGAUCGCUUUCCUCCAGCCGUAGAGGAGGUGAGGGUGGGAGUGGGGUAGAGCAGGAAUUGCCGUUCCCAUGAAUUGUUGGGAUAAGCCUGGCAAGGGCUUGAGUCCUCAAUAAAACAGCCGUGCAAAUGUGGCAUUACACACAGGCAGACCUCCCUUCCACGGCUGCCACGUGCGAGGGGGCACAUCUGAGGAACAAAUCUAUGAGACCACUAACCCGCAUAUUCUUUGGUUCUUUCGGUAAAGUCACGUAGGUAAGAACCAAAGAUUAUGGAUCCUUGCAGUCACGAAACUUCAAAUCUAGCACUAACCCGCAAUUGAUAAUUAAAUUCAACACAUUUUUUGUUUACACGGAUGAAGCAUUUGUUGUGUACCUAUGCUGUUAUAUACAGAUCAAUUAAAAGUUUUCAUUUGGCGAUAUCUGCAGGUUGUUGAAAAAAUAACUUCCAGGAGGUGUGCUUUCUACUACGAUCAAAGAGGUUUGUGUGUGAUGUUGGUACAUGGUCAUGUCUAUGCCCUGCAAGAGCUUUUAUCACAAACACAUGCAAUUAAGUCUAACGGCUGAAUUCCACUUUGCAUUACAUUAUUAAUUUUGUAUUAUGCAUCUCAAUCGACACAAACAACUGGGAGUUUAAUACUAAAAUGUUGUCAUUUUAAACAUUUGUGAAUUUGAAGUGUGCGAAUUGUAAAGUGAUGUUUUCCUGAGUGUUGGUUUUAUUUGAUCUCGAGUUGUUAGGUUGUUUUUUACUUCUUGAGUUGUAAAUUUUAAAGUAUUUUUCAAUAAACUUAAAUGUUUAGUCUUUAAUUGCAUUACAGAGCAACUCUUUUACAACUUUGAUUGUAUAAUCUAUUGCAUUUCAUAGGUGAGCAUGACCAUUUUACAAUGCUGCAUCCCUUACAAGAUGCCUGCACGUGGUGUAAUGGUUCCCACACCUGGGCUUGCAGUCCAAGUUCGAUUUUCUGGCGCAACAUUUGAAGAAAUUGGCAAGUUUUUUUUUAAAUCCCCCCUGCCGUCUGUCCACUGAGCUUGUUGUAAGUGGUACGUACACCACAGUUAGUCAAUGGGCAGGUCAAGUGUGGUAGGUUAAAUUGUGGGUACGUCCAGUUCCAAGAAGUCUGACUAUCGUGUAAAAGUCUGCCAACAAUACCCUCCAGAGGGGUUCAUGAGAGCUCCCUCUAAUGGAGGCCCUUCCAGCAGCAGUGGUGUGAGCCGGAAAUUGCAGGACUGUACCCAUUAUCUUUUUUUUUACUUUUGCAAUGUUUUACAAAAUAAAUAAUCAUUCGCCUUUUUUUGUAAACAAUAACUAACGAGCCUGUUUUAAUAUCCUAAACGCUGCCCACAAGUACUUACAAGAAAAAAAACUACUUUAGAAAACAUUUUGGUGAAGUCCAGGAAUUUCACUUUUCUUCAAGACGUCCUAUUCGCCGAGCAUUUACUAUCGCUGGGUGACGGAAUGCGGCAUCGAUGAAAGCCGGUGAGCGGCUCGUCCAUGUUUCCAGCGUUCGUAGGCUCGGUGUGCCCUGUGGGGCUACUGCUCAUGGCUGCUGGAAGAGCUGAUAGAUGGCCUGGCAGUGCUGUGGGCUGAAGAAACAUUGAUAGAUUUAAGAGCCACCCAAAGAUGCCUUAAAGACGAUCGCAUAAAUCCAUGAAGGAAAUGCCGAGCCAGUGCAGAGCGGUUUAUCUUGCGCCCUCGUACUAUUUUCACUCAGAAAUUUCAGCCUCGAUAAAUAUUGUCCUGUUUAGAAAUUACGACCUGAAUAAAUUUUGACUCUUAACCUGCAAAUGCAGCACUGUAUAUGUAUGGUCCUAACAUGGACAACUUUUACUUUCUGAAGAAUUGUGUAAAAUGUUAAUGUCGGGAUACUCAUGUGAUCAUGCUUUAGUAGACUACACAAUGCAAAUCCCACCCAUUAACAAUUAAUUGAUAGACCAAUACAUUUACAAACAUUCUUGGAAUGUUUUUGUGGAUUGUCACUCUAAGUGCAGCUUUUGAACUCACAUUUGGUUCACUAUGUGCGAUUUUUACAAUUAGAAUUAUCCCCCUGAGAAGCUUAUACAAAGCAUUUGAAUGUAUAUUUUUUUAUUACAAUUUGUGUUUUAAAGAAAAUGGUGUUCAGGAGUAAUUUAGGUGGGAACGAGUUUGAAGUUGGCGAAAUGUGAAAGUUCAUUUGUUUCUAUUUCCUCCUGCUGUUUCAUUUUAUGAUUUCUAUAACAAGGGGGAAUGCGUCCCAGCGGAGCUUUCGUUAGGGCCAUUUUGAUUAAGUGUCUGCCAAAAUGCAUUUGCUCUGUUGACAUAAUUUUACCUUUCAGUUUCCCCAAUUAAAAAUUAUUACGAUAAA